AUUUUUGAAAAUGGAGUCUAAACCAUCCUGAAAUAUCUGAUCGCAGCCAUCAAAAAAAACAUGCUCUCGAUGCCUCUCAGUAUACUAUUGCUCUGGUGAAUGCCAGAAGCAAGACUGGAAGACCCAUAAAAAGGCGUGCUUUAGUCCAAAGCUUGAUGAAGAACUCAGGGAUAACAGUAAAAAUCUAAAAGCCGAUGAUUUCGAAGAGAUUCGCAAAAUUGGAGAAGGCAACUUCAGCAAGAUCAUCCUAGUUGAGUACAAGAAGACAGGCAAGUAAUUACGCAAUGAAGCUUAUCGAGAAACUUAAGGUUAAGAAUCUCAGGAAAGAAUUAGAUGUCCUACAUGAAAAGUUAACUCUAGGAAAACUACCAGACUCAGAUGACAAAGUUGAAGAACUUACAGAUGGAGAAGAGAAAAAGGAGACCAAAGAGCUGGACUCAUCAAUAGUUAACCCAAUGAGAGUUGUCAAACUCUGAGCUACUUUCCAAGAUGAGCUGAACUUAUACCUCAUUCAAGAAAAUUUACUUGAUAAGGGUGGAAAGGAAGUAUGGGAGUAUUGCCGUUCAUUUGGAUUAGAAAAUCAUAAGGUUGUGGAAUAUACUUUCUACCAAAUAUGUAAAGCAGUUCAACAAACUCAUUAUUUCCAAAUUCUUCAUAGAGAUUUGAAGCCAGAGAAUAUGUUUUAUACUCCAGAUAGAUCAAUUGUCAAACUUGUAGAUUUUGGAUCAUCUAUGUUUGUAGAUAAUCCUGAACUCAGAAAAGCAGAAAUUGAUAAUCAUCCAAAAAGAAACAAAUUCGUAAAUUUUGUUGGAACACCCAAUUUCAUGGCUCCAGAAUGAGCCCAUAACAAAGAAACCUCAUAUGCCUCUGACAUUUGGAGUCUUGGUUGAAUCCUUUACCAACUCUAUUGUGGGAUAAACUGUUUCAGAGGGGGUUCUGAGUACUUAAUCUUCCUAAAAUCAACAGAGGCUGAGUACGAAUACCCUUCUUCUUCAGUAAUCCCUUCAAAGGCUCGUUUGCUCAUCUCUGAAAUGAUCCAGAUCGAUCCUUCUGCACGUAUACCGCUUGAUUCCCUCCUCUCUUCCUCCUAUUUCGAUGAAGUGCGUGACCUAACUCAUCUGCCUGAAAUCUCAGCUGAAGAACAAGUCCUUGUAGAGAUCAAGAAGGAUAUUAUUAAGAGGCAUAAUGUGUAUAAAUUAGACUCUCAAGAAGUGUUUAUGGAGACUAUUAGAGAUAGAGUUGUAGAUAGGCUCGGGGAAGAGUAUUAUAAUGAAAACAAAGAUUAUAUCGAGCAUACCAUAAAAAUAGGCAGAAAUUAUGUAUAUGACCUUGAAUGGAAAUUUGAGGAGGAGGAACAACAAGAAAAUGAAGCUAAAGACGAUUCUGAAAAUAAAAGUGAAAAUGAAGCAGAAGGGGAAGCAGAGGAAAAGGAAGAAAAUCAAGGUGAGGGUGAAAACGAGAAAUAAUAAUUUUCAAAAAUAAGAAAGGAAAGAGAAACAUUAUUUAUAAGCCACUUUACUCAUUUUAA